UCAAAUAUUGAUAGCCCAGCAGACGACACCAGUUACCGAGACGGUUCCCGCCACCACUUCCUUACCCAUGGUUACCACUGACCAGACAUCGACAUCUUCUUGUUCCGGUUCUUGCAGCAUGACAACAAAGGUAUUAGACCUGCAGACGACACCGGUUACUACCAUGUCUCCAACCACUCCUCCCGUAACCAUGGUUUCUACUCAAUCCAUAUCGACAUCAUCGACCUGCUUCAACGGUUCUUGCCACACGACAACUGAAGUGAUGCAUCCAUGUACCAAUAAUCCCUGCACCAAUGGUGGAACGUGUGUGGAAGAUGGAGAAGUUUUCACAUGCCAAUGCCCGUCGGGUUUCCAAGGUACAACAUGCCAAACAGUGGUAAACUCCUGUAGCAGUCACACCUGUCUGAAUGGAGCAACCUGCGAGGAGGGUACAGAAGGAGCCGUAUGUCAAUGUCCUUUUGGUUACGAGGGAAUUCACUGUGAAUUAGAUUUGACGCCGAAUUUCAAUUUCUCCCAAGCACGUGUCUUGAACCCCGCUGACUUUGGUGUGGAUAGAAGCUCGCCUCAGCCUUAUUACAUGCUGGCAGAUCACUACAAUACUUUACAGAUGAAGCAAGGAAAUGAUCAUCAAGAAAUUGUCAACGAACCUUGCCGCAAUAACAUGAUGGACUGUAUUAAGCUCACUGGGGCCACGUCACGACUGAAUCCGAUGACGUCGAUAACAGGUACCUGUUUGCAUCAGGUCGAGAACUGUCCUCAAGGGUUUGCCAUAUCAUUGUGGCUCUUCCUGGAAACAGAAGCAAUUGAUGGCGUACCUUCCAAGCUGCUCUCGGUCGAAGAUGGAACCCUCAAUGUUCCUUAUGUCAGACUGAUGAUUACUGCCCAGAGAGCUAUAGAAUUUUCAGUAAACGAUGGAACAACCAUCUUCAGGUCAAAAAUUGCUGCGGGAAAGGUUAGAUGGAAUCAAUGGUUUAAUUUUGGUGCAAGCUGGAAACCAGGAUCUGUCCCUCUCUUGUUCAUUAACUCUAAACCUCGAGGUCAAAGUUCACAGAGUGAUGUCACAGAACCCAUGGACACGUCAACAAACCGGAAGGUGUGGAUCGGUUCGCAGGAAACCGCAGAUUCCUCGGCGCCUGUUACUGUAUCCGAUUUUGUGUACUGGGAUCGCUUCCUGUUCGAUUUUGAAAAUCACCGCUUCCUGGGAAUAACCGAUGAAGAAAGGCAUUUGCUUUUCAAUGCCGAUCUUUGGUGGACUGUAGACGGCUUUACACGCAGGGAUCAUCUCCUAUUGGACGACUAUCACAACCAAGUUGCAUUGACCACGCCCAUUCGUACGGACGAAAAUGCAGUGGUCGUCCUGACGACUGGAAGAGAUGGAAAGGGAAAGGCUCUAGAUGUCAAUGGAGAGGACGGAUUCUGGUUAUAUUUUGGAGAUCAUGACGGAACGUGCACCAGCGAUCCCAGCCUUUGUGUUGAUGGCAUCACAGUAGCCACAUGGAUGAGGCUAACAGAAUACCAUGACAACGAGUUUCAUUGCCUCUUGAGUUCGGGUGGACAGACGACACGAGGUUUUGCUAUCUACCAGACGGGACAGAAGAUACGCGCCAUGGUGGCAAACGGAGAACGGCAGUGGAUUGUCGAGGCUCCCUAUGAAGAGUUUGGUGAAUGGAGUCACAUCGCCCUGACAUGGAAUCUAACGACCGGUCUAUACCUAUACCUAGACGGAGAUACCCGUGGUAUUGACUUGAAGGGUGUCUACAGGGUGCGUGAAGCCGACCUGGACAACAAGCUCAUCGUGGGCAGAAGGAACGACUUCCUCAGCGACUUCGCCAGAUUGGGGUUCGAGGAACUUGCGAUCUGGGAACGAUUCGUCGAGCCGUGGGAAGCCAGACAUGUCUUUGGCAUGUUCGAAAACUCGGUGUACAGUAAAGCGGCAAUUUAUUGGGCAGGUGAAACAUUGCUUUCGAGUAUGUUUGACCUUCUUGAGACCGGUAAAACUGAUGGUAUUAUACCAGGACCAAACUCAGAUGUUACCAUAGCAACGGAAGAUGAUGAUACAUUCGUUGAAUUACAUCCCAAUUCCUACCUAAACCUUGGAUCCUUUCCAGACUCCUGUCUAAUCGAAACAGACACCUGCCUUAGCGGGUUUUCGCUCUCGAUCUGGCUUCAAACACCUAUUAAUGCACCCAUCACUGGGAGUCAUCUUAAUAUCGAGUCUCGCAGUUUUACGCUCACUGUGACGUACUACACAGCCGUUGCCAUAGUGAAGACUUCUGACCUGGUUUGGACAACAACAGUGCCCAUUGAAAAACGUGGGUCGUGGUAUAAUAUCGCCAUGACGUGGAACCGCUUUGAAAGACUAGCGGUGUACGUGGAUGGGAUCGAGCCUGAAGGGACCACAUCGACCACAGAAACGAACCUGGACGUGCAGCCCUCAUCGGUGACGGAAGUCGGUAUCAGCUCGACAACGGAAGGGACGUUGAUCACGGAUCUCGCGGUCUGGUACCAGUUUACCUACCCUCGGAAAGCCUUCACGCUCAUGGGAUUAACAGAUCCCGAAGGCUACUGUCAGAGUUUCGGUCGUUACUGCUGGACAUUCCAACCACCCCUCAAUCGCGUCAAUCCCUUCGUGGCAUCUGAAACGGGCGUCUCAUACACUACGAGCUCGAACUACACCGGGAAAUCCGUGGUCACUGACGGAAUCGAAGGUGUCCUCACACUCGGCGACUACGCGGGCAUGUGUCCAAGCGAUCCAUCGGAGUGCGAGUACGGUUUCGCACUCGGGUUGUGGGUGAACUUGGAACCCCCGGAGACUUCGGAUAGUUCUGUGAAGCACAUCAUUAGUCUUGGCGCUGACAAAAAUGGAGAGAAAGGUAUGGCCCUUAUACACGCCGAGGGGAACAUCCGGGCUAUUGUUGCAGACGGCACCAAAAGAUGGGAGGUGGACACCUUGGAUCACAACGUCACCUAUAACAAAUGGAUGUACAUUGGGAUGAUCUGGGAAGCAACCAACGGACUCCAGAUCGCCUUCGAUGGGGUACAGACGGCAGAGAAGAAAGCGGGAACGGUAAGCACAAGAAACAAUGAGGCCUACUCUGUCAUCACCGUGGGUAAAUCAGCAGUUUAUCCUAUUGGGUACCAAGCGGGAGCAUACGAUGACAUUAUGAUAGUUGUACCGGAAACUGUCAAUGAUAUUCCAGUACCAGAAGACCUGAAUGGAGUCGGAAGCGUGCGUUACCGUUCCGCUGAUGAGUAUUUCGACGUGACAGACCCAAGCGGUCCGAUAGAGGCAGUCAACACAUCACUGAUUGAGGAUCGCUUCCAUUCUGAGAAUGGGGCUAUUUCCACAGGCAACCCAGCAAAGCACAACUUUGGAUACGUAUCAAUCGGUGAUUACGCAGGUAAAUGUUUGAGUGAUCCAUCCGUUUGCAGUCCAGCUGGUAUGACAGUCAGUUUCUGGAUUGAACUCGGUACCAUCGACCAUUUUCAAGACGUAGCCACCAACCCUGAAGGAAUUGGGUAUAUUCUAAGCUCUGGUGCCCAGGUUGCGAACAGCCGUGGCUUUUCAGUCACUUACGAUGGCGAAACACUUACUACUGAAGUAGUUGGUUCAACCAUAAUGUGGACUGCAUCUUUCGACGAUGCUAAUUUUGGGAGAAAUUGGACUAACUUCGCCAUAACUUGGAGCUCGGUCUCUGGUCUUGAAAUCUUAACUGAUGGCAAACUCAGAGCCACUGACGCACUUGGAACGCCAUUGUCCAGUACAACAACGGACACACACACCGUUGUUCAUCUCGGCAAACGUAACGAUCAAGACAGCGGGUACCUGGGAGGCGCUUUCGAUGACGUCGCCGUGUGGAUAUACACAAUCAAUUACGAGGACGACGAUGAGCUCAGUCAGUUGAUGGGCGAGCUGGGACUUGAUGACAUUUUUAUCACCGAUGAUUAUACUCAAUUGCUAAACUCCGGACCCACUACAGGAAAAAAAGAAUGUAGAGUCCUUCAUGAAGCGGACUGCGCUAGAUCACUGAUGGAACUCGAUGAUAUUGCUAAUGAAGAGCUGAUUUUCGGUCUUGACGCUGCCACGAGCAUGCGCAGACGAAUGCUCCAUCUGGCACAAACAGAAGAUUCAUUGUCAAGAAACGAGUUAGCCGCUGCAGUGAAUGUUGCUUCUACCCUAGCUCUGUUUGUCCAACCAUUCAACAACAAAACUCAAGCUGUAAAUGCUAUAGAGGAGUUUCUUGAAACCGUAGACGCACUUUUGGAUAAAGAGAGAAAAGAAGAAUGGCAAGAAUUACAAAAGACUAAACCAGGAUCGACUGAAUUGGUUCAUAGUCUCGAAGACUACAUCGCUCAAGCUGCCAGAGAUUUAGAAACAAGCGACACUUUUCUAGGAUGUCAGGAAUUCUAUGAAACAGCAAACAUUGCUACAUGUGUUGAUAAAUUCAUGGCCGAUUCGUUUGGUUCUGACGGGCCUGUUACUCUACCUAUCUACGGGAACGAAUCUGAAUGGAAUGGAGUAGAAGCAAGAUGGAACAAUCUUAAGGAAGAAGUCACCUUGCCCCAAAAUCUAUUCGAUUUUACUCGUGAUGGAGAUGAGGGGAUUCUUGUUCUCUCCAUCUAUGAUGCCCUUGAUGAGGUCAUUCCUCGAAACGCAUCUGAAGAGUUUGUUUCGACGUCGACAAAUGAACCUUGGGUGAACAGUCGUGUGAUAUCGCUGAAAGUCUACCCAUCUCUGCGUCGGGACCUCUACAAUCCUGUUAGCAUGGUGUUUGUACACAACAGGGGCAUUUCUGAGCAAGAUGUGGAUACUCCAGUUUGUGCCUUCUGGAAUUACUACUUGCCUGACACGAUCGGAGGAUCUUGGGAUAAAAAAGGUUGUCAAACGGUAUCCACCAAUAGGACUCAUACAACCUGCGAAUGCGUACACUUCACUCAUUUCGCUAUCCUCAUGGAACCACCGCCUCCACCGCCUCCUGAUAUUGUGGAUAUGGUGUUUGUUUGGUCUGCGAGAGCACUAGCUGGAGUCUCAGAAACAUUGCUUUUUCUUCUCAUCUGUGUCUUCGUCUGUUGCACUCGUGUUCGCUCACUUCGUCAUCUGAUUCACGCACACGUAGCGUUGUCGUGCAUGUUAUCAAUCCAGUUUUUGUGCUUGGCAACACUCGAGUGGACACCGUUGAUCUGCCUGGUGAUGGGUGCAUUGUUUGAGUACUUCUGCCUUGUUUUUGCCUUUUGGCUUCUGAUCGAAUCUAUCCAAGGACUGAGCGAUGUCCACUUCGGCUACAAACAAGCUGACCGCAUCAUCACCUCUUGCCCUGUGCCAGAGAGAUACUACGGGUACAUGUGCCUUGCAUGGGGUGCUCCCGGCCUUGUUGUAGGUGUUACCAUAGCAAUCAACAUUAAUGCAUUCCAAGAACUCAACAGUGGCUUAUGCUGGGUUACUGAUGAACAUGACCUAUACCUAUCAUUUUAUGGACCGCUUGGUGUUUGCUUCGGUCUCACGAUGUUGUUUAUUUUCAUCGUAAGACGGGGCGUGGACAAAUUUUUCAAUACAGAGACACUCAGUUCAAGUAUGCUUGCGACUUGUGUCAUUUCCAUAGUUAACGUCGGAGCCUGGGCGGCUGGUUAUUUGGGCUUUUACGGACCGACAAUCGUUCCUUAUUACAUCUUCCUCCUGACAUAUGCUUCCAUGGGGAUUUUCAUAUUUGUGAUGUUUGGAAUCAAAGCUGGACAGGUAAAAUCAAUCAGUCAAUUUUCUUUAAAGAUUCCCUUUCCGCUUCGCACUUUUGAUAACUUCAAUUUAAAGCUCAUAUUUGGGAAUAAUAUCAACGAGCAUCGUAAAAUCAGAGGCAUUGGAAAUGGAAGAAACACCCCUGUUGAGAAGAUUGCUAUCACACAAGACCAUGACAAUACGGGCAAGAAGAGGAAGAAAAAGAAGAAAGGGAAGAAGCCAGUCACAUAUGUAUCUGGCGGGAAGGACCAUUGGUCACGCGAGUCGUCCAAGCUACCUGGCAGAACAAACGCCUCGGUUAGGAUUCAACCAAGAGCUGACAUCGAAAAGAAAAUUAUCCUUUCCUAGGAGAUAAUCAGUCUGUAUAAGUCCUAUUGAAGUUGGCAUCAGUCAAGAGCAAUAAAAUGAAACGUUUGUGUAAUUGAUUUUCCCAACCUGUGCGUGAAGCGAGAUAUCUUAAUAUCAACCAUUAAAAUGGCGGUUGUGUCGUGAAAUUGGUGUUUCUUUAUUUCAAGUUAUCUUUCUUUAAUGGAAGUGUUUAAAAAUGUAACUUUUACAUAAAUUUUCAGAUUUGUAUGAAUUAUUAUCAAUCAUGUGAAAUUCAUCUUCUAAUUAUUCUGAUAGAAAUAAAAAAGUUAAUCUUAUGUAUACAGUAUACGGACUCUCUUCGACUGAAAUAUAUUCUCUCCAUUUAGGUUGAUAUUUAAUUAUAUAAUAUUCAUUACACCUAUAGGCAACAAUACCUGUUUGUAAAAAAGUAAGAACAGAAAUAAGUAAAUCUAUAGAUAAGAGGAUGAAUUUCAAUUCGAUGAUUUUAAUGGAAUAUGGUAAGAAAGAAUGAAUGUUUGUAAACAAGCAACCAGUGCCUUACCCAAAGGGCACUAGCGCACCAAGUGGGAAUCGAACCCGGGUCACCGGAAUCCAAGACCCCCACUCUACCCACUGAGCUAUCGUACCUCCAAAAAUGAUCAUUCUUUAGAAGCUUUAAAAUAUUUGGUAAUUUACAUGUUAAUUCGGAAUGUUAGGGAACAACAAUUACGAACUUAGAAGUUUGAUAAUAAAAAAAAGACUUGUUUCCAAAACUGGUUUAAAUGUAAACUGUAUGGGUAGCUGAAUGUGACCCAAAUUCAAACAAUAGAGAUUCAUUUUAUUUUGCACUUAAGUUAUGAAUAACUUAAAACAAGUGACUAUUUGGUCAAAAUGCACUAUUGUGUCGUGUAUUUCCCCUUUCCAACUUCGCAUUGAAUCGGUAGGUUCAUGAUGAUGUAUAGGGAAACGAAACUCUAUCACGUGAUUUAGCUUUCGCAAGAUUCUAUAGUAUAUGGAAUGUAUCAACUACUUCUAGCUGUUUUGUUUUGACUCCGACUUCGAUCUAUAUGUGUCAUUUUCUGUAUCUUUAAUUCGAAAGCAUUUAAAAUAAAGAGUGUGC